AUGAAGUUCACAUACACACUUUAUGCUGCACCAGUAUUCGAGACAGUGGCUGCGCUAGACGACAGCUACAAGCCUGCGACAGAUUUCACAAAACAGGCGAUCGCUGAUUCGGUAGCUAAUCUCAAUUUUUCGGACUUUACGGACUUUGAAGAUGUAGAUCGAGGGUUUGUAGUGGCACCGGCGAGUCUCAGAGUUGUUGAAGUGAGCGGACAGAUGGCGUCAGACGCUGACACGUUUCUAGAUAUGGUUCACGACGACAAACCGUGCCCGAAGACUGUUAAUCCUUCUACGUGGCGGCAGGCCCAGUUGAUGACACGAGUGAGAGCCUACAAAGUUAUUGACAAGGUAUACCAAAUUCGGGGAUUCGAUUUGGCAGUGAUAACCAUCAUCAAGGCACCUGGCGGGCUUAUCGUAUUUGAUCCGCUUGGCACCAAAGCAACUGCCCACGAAGCAUUCGACUUCUACUUGAAAGAGGUCGGACCGAACACAGACACUCUCGAGAUUACAAAGGACGUAGAAACACAUAUCAUUGCCGGUCUUACUUUUGAAUUUAUGCUCACUCUAAGUGCAGAGGCGCCCACCGAGAUGCACUCAUGGAUUGAAGAUUGGGGAUUACUCAAUACAGGUGAGAAUGCUGUUAUGUCUGCACAUAAUUUUUUGACACUCCGAGGAGCAAAAGCUAGAGACCCGAUGAAGUGGACCACGUGCAUCCAGCAAAAAAUCCAAAGGUACGGUGAUCUAGUGCAAACAAUGAUUGGUCAGCACCACUGGCCAAAUUUUGGGAACGAAAACGUCGUUGAACAUCUGACUAUGACCCGCGACUACAUCAAAUUCACUCAUGACCAAUCUGUUUGCCUACUCAAUCUUGGUUUCGGUAUGGAGGAAAUCAGCAAGACUAUUGAAAUGCCCAAGUCUUUGGACUCGUACUUCAACACACGGGGACAACACUAUGGACACCUCAAGCACAACUCCAGGGAAUGGGAUGCUAAUCCUGCAGGUUUCCAGCGGUUACCACCGGUAGAACGAGCUCAGCAGUUUGUGGCAGAUAUGGGUGGGAUCGAGGCAGUAAUUGAACGGGGCCAGUGGCAUCACAAUAAUGGAAAUUCCCGAUGGUGUGCUGAAAGUAUGAAUCAGGUUGUGUUACGGGGACAACACUAUGGACACCUCAAGCACAACUCCAGGGAACGGUUACCACCGGUAGAACGAGCUCAGCAGUUUGUGGCUGAUAUGGGUGGGAUCAAGGCAGUAAUUGAACGGGGCCAGUGGCAUCACAAUAAUGGAAAUUACCGAUGGUGUGCUGAAAGUAUGAAUCAGGCUGUGUUCAGUGAUCCUUCCAACAGGCAGGCGAGAUAUCUGGAAGCUGACUGUCUGGAGCAGAUCGGUUAUGCCGAAGAAAGCGGCACCCAAGAACUACGCCACGGUAAAAAGUCGUAUCCAGAACCUGAUUUGGGCGAGUCAUUCCUGUUUGAAAUGCCACUAAGGAUGAUGUUGCAGAGUUUAGAAAUCAAAAUCGACCCCGAAAUGGCCGAGCAAUCCAAUGGGUUAUCACUGAACUUGGAAGUGAAAGAUACAAACGAGAAGUUUAAUUUCAUAAUAUCACACGCCGUUCUGAUCUCGCUGCCAGUUGAUGUUUUACCCACAACUGCUCGUGCAACCGUUACAGCUGAAAAAAAGAAGGCGAUGAUUAAUAUACUAACCACUGGCGAUACCUCAGGCGUGUCUGUCAGCGGUGUUAGUCUGCCUUUGCCGAGCUUAUGGGGUGUGUCUCCACUGUGUCUGAUGGAACCUGGAACAUCAUAG